UGUCCUGUGUUUUGAAUUGCAGGUACUGUUCAGUGCUGUGCGACUGCUGACAGCCAAGGACAUAACAGACAGUCAUCCAAACAAUGAUCAAACUAUAAAUCUGUCUGCCAUCAGAAACCUUGGAAAGAAGAAAUCGUCUACAAACACAUCUCACACAACAGAUUAAAAACGUAGCAACCAUGUUGUUGGUCCUCGUGGCUUUUCUGUUUCUCUGCACUGCCCACCUGCCACUUGACUCUUCCGCCCUUCCCUUUGAGCAAAAAGGAUUCUGGGACUUUGACAAGGACAUUGAUAUGAAAGAGCUGAUGAUGAUGAUGAAGGACGAGGAAGAAGGGUCAGCUGUGGAUCCUUACCAACCGGAACAUCCUACAUGCCCAUUUGGCUGUCGGUGCGACCUCAGAGUCGUACAGUGCUCGGAUUUAGGUUUAGGUUACGUGCCAUAUGAUAUUCCUAAAGACACACUGCUGUUGGACCUGCAGAGCAACAGGAUCACAGAGAUCAGGGAGGAAGAUUUUAAAGGAAUGACCAACCUCUAUGCGCUGGUGUUAAGAAAUAACCAGAUCUCCAAAGUUCAUCCUAAGGCAUUCCUCCCUUUGAAGCGUUUGCAGAAGUUAUACAUCUCGCACAACCUUCUGACUUCCAUCCCCGAAAACCUUCCUCCAUCCCUUGUGGAGCUGCGUAUCCAUGACAAUCAUAUCAAGAAGGUGCAGGCAUAUAGCUUCUCGGGCCUCCACAACAUGCAUGUCAUUGAAAUGGGUCGUAAUCCACUCCAGAACAGUGGUUUCGAACCUGGAGCAUUUGUGGACCUUAAACUUAACUACUUGCGCAUUUCUGAAGCCAAACUCACCGGAAUCCCAAAAGACCUCCCCAGUAGUCUUAAUGAGCUUCAUUUGGACAGUAAUCAGAUUCAGGCCAUAGAGUUGGUGGAUCUCAGCCAGUACACCCAGCUUCAGAGGUUGGGACUUGGCAGUAACCAGAUUCGCCACAUUGAGCAUGGUGCUUUGUCUUACCUCACCGACCUGAGAGAGCUGCACCUUGACAACAACCGUCUGUCCAGUGUGCCCAGUGGACUGCCUCAUUUGAAAUAUCUGCAGGUUGUCUACCUCCAUUCAAACAACAUCACUAAUGUUGGGGCGGAUGACUUCUGCCCUACGGGUUUUGGGAUGAAGAAGGUGUUCUACAAUGGCAUCAGUCUCUUUGACAACCCAAUCAGGUAUUGGGAGGUGCAGCCCGCUACCUUCCGCUGUGUCAGUAACCAGAUGGCUGUACAGUUUGGCAACCACAAGAAAUAAAA